GUGCAUCUCUAGUUGCAAUUUGUCUGUCGUGCCGGCAAGUCGUCUGUUGUCAAAAGUCGUUAAAAGAAAAGUCGUGGAAAAGUCGCAAUUUAUAUCAAAGACAGCAACAGUAACAAUUGAUGCUCUCGUAGCUGAUCAUUAAAAAAAACAAACAGCGAGAAGUCAUGUCACAGGAACAGAUGGCGUCCCUGGCGCAGAUAGUGCAAGGGAUCAAAAACAAUCCAAGCAGCGAAACUAGUCAACAGAUGCUUCGCAUUCUUAAGCAAAAUCCACAGAUAAUGGCGGCCAUCAUUAAGCGGCGGCAGCAAAGAGAAAUGAGUGCAGCUAACGGAGGAUCAAUUCAAUUUGGGAAUAGUUGCCAACAACAACAGCAAGAAGUCAUGACACAGCAGCCGAUUAUGGUGAAUGCGCCGCCGGCAAAGACGCUGGCAGAGAUUAUGCAAAAGAUCAAAGACACUCCAGUCGACGAGAACAGCCAGCGCAUGCUUCAUAUUCUAAAGCAGAAUCCGCCGCAAAGAGAAAUCAAUGCUCCAGCGGGUGAAGCUGACGAUGGGGCGCUACAGGAUCUGCAGCAAAUGAUGGAAGACAUGAUGAUGAAUAAAUGAAAUAUGGCCAACAACAGCAACAAGCAUCAAUUACUUUUGGUGCCCAAUGAUGAAAUUAUAUUCCCUGUAGCCAUUUAACAAUGUACAUAAGAUAUGUUAGCAGUAUUCAAUUCUAUAUAUACCGAAUUUAAUCCAAUAUUGUAUUUGCUGCAACUCAUGUAUGCCUUAUUAAAGAUACUAU